GCACUGUACUUCCUUCGGCAGCUGAAGAAACCUCACGCCACAAAAACAGUUUCUUCCCUUCCGCUGUUGUCCUCUUCAAUAAGGCCAAGGGUCCACGCUGACUUUUAUGACUAAAUGUCCUUAAACACAUUGCCUUUUGCACUGCAUCACAAAUAGUAUCUUAUACCAUUUCUAUUUUUAUUUUGUAAAAACGUAUAUUUUAUUUUAAAUUGUGUUGUACAUUUUACUUUAAUUCAAAUUCCACUUAGUUACUGCUAGUUAUGUACCCUUAGAAAUUGGUAGUGCACCUUCCUACCAAAGCAAAUUACUUGUCUGUGCAAACUUUCAUGGCGAAUAAAACCCAUUCUGAUUCUGUCGUCCUUACUGUGGGAGUGCCGAAUUCACACUCCCGAACAGUAAGUGGCGCUGCUGCACUUCAUAAAGUUGUUUGCAAUCUGCCAUUGAAAGCAAAAGAAGAAAACAGAAGUUGUUUCCCAGGCUGGAGCUGGAGAUCUCCUAUUGGCCAGUCAGACUUGAUCAUGGACAGAGACUAGACGGAGGAGAUCAUUUUAAGGCUCCAGAGAGACUCAACCAGAGAGAGCAGUAACCAGACUCAGAGAUAAAAACGCUUCCAGACACCACACAGAGAACAAAGGGAGGUCUGAGUUAUGGAGACAUAUCAGUGUGACACCUGUGGGAAGGAACUUUCCUCCUCCAGGAACCUCAAGUACCACAUGAUGAUCCACACUGGGGAGAAACCCUACAGCUGUGACAUCUGCGGGAAAACUUUUAGCCAGGCUUGCCAUUUCAAAGUUCACAGCAAGAUUCAUACAGGAGAGAAGCCCUACAUCUGUGAACUCUGUGGUAAAGCCUUUAACCAUGCUGCCAACUUAAGAGCUCACAGCAGGGUCCACACUGGGGAGAGGCCUUACAGCUGUGACCUCUGUGGGAAAACCUUUAGCCGGGCUUGCCAUUUCAAAGUUCACAGCAAGAUCCAUACAGGAGAGAAGCCCUACAGCUGUGACCUCUGUGGGAAAACUUUUAGCCAGGCUGGCAGUUUAAGAGCUCACAGCAGGAGCCACACAGGAGAGAAGCCCUACAGCUGUAACCUCUGUGGUCAAACUUUUGGCCGGCUUGACUGUUUAAAAGUUCACCGCAGGAUCCACGCUGGAAAGAAGCCCUACAGUUGUGACCUCUGUGGGAAAACUUUUAGCCAGUCUGGCAGUUUAAGAGUUCACAGCAGGACCCACACUGGAGAGAAGCCCUACAGCUGUGACCUCUGUGGGAAAACUUUUAGCCGGGCUUCCUAUUUCAAACUUCACAGCAAGAUCCACACAGGAGAGAAGCCCUACAGCUGUGACCUCUGUGGUCAAACCUUUGGCCGGCUUGACAGUUUAAAAGUUCACCGCAGGAUCCACGCUGUAAAUAAUCCUUACAUCUGUGAACUCUGUGGUAAAACCUUUAGCCAGUCUGGCAGUUUAAGAGUUCACAGCAGGAUCCACACUGGAGAGAAGCCCUACAGCUGUGACCUCUGUGGUCAAACCUUUGGCCGGCUCUCCUGUUUCAGAAUUCACAGCAAGAUCCACACAGGAAAGAAGCCCUACAACUGUGACAUCUGUGAUGCAACCUUCUUCUCCACUGGUGAUUUGAAGAAGCACAGCAGGACCCAUACAGGAGAGAAGCCCUACAGAUGUGACGUCUGUGGAAAAACCUUUAGCCGUUCCACUAAUCUCAACAGUCACCGUAGGAUCCACACUGGAAAGAAGCCCUACAGCUGCCCACAAUGUGACUAUUCAUGUAAAACAAAUAGCAAUCUGAAGAGUCACCUGCGUAUCCAUGAUAAAAAAACCCAAAACAAAGCAGUGAUGUCUGGGGCCAAGCUGUCCCAGCAGUCACCACCUGAGAGAACUUCUGUAUGACCCACAGUUGGAAGAGUUAUAUUACUAAUAUGAAGAAUUGAUGAGAGAGAGGCUCCUCUCCUUCUCAGAUCAAGAGGUCAUGUUGUGGAUCUCCCAGGGUCUAGCUUGAUCAGACUGACUGAGUCAGUGAGGAAAAACUAAACUGGAAAAGGCUAGGCUUUAAUGAGUUACGAUGCUGUCAGGUAUAACAUUUCAAGAAUACAACAUGCAGACCCUAUGCUGUGCCAUGUGAGGAAAUAUAGUAAGGAAAUUAUAUUUUAACUUGUGUGCUUAUAUAAAGGCUGCUUGUAAUCCAUGGACUCCCUCAUCUGACCACUCUGCCUUGGACUGGUUAAAGGAGUCAAGCUUGUUCUAAUAAAGUCAAGUCAGCUGUCUUUAAUUGUUGUUCAUCUUUCCGGCCACCGAUUGACAUCAUCCUAAUAAUUAGCUAACAGCCAACAACAUGUUAUUGCUCAUUAACAAAGCUAGGUAACAUCUACGUAGCCGACACAAGAUUCAUGUUGGCUGUGAGCGACUGUUUAUUGUUUUGAGCUCUACAGUUCAUUAACCUUCACAUUAGGCUAUUUAUCCUUUCUGUUCAUCUACCUGACUGAUGUAGUACACUUGUGUCAUUAAUGUUUGUGUUUGAUAGCAUAAUAACCAUUCAGAAAACCACUGAUGGCAGUCAAUUAGUCCUUGUGCCAAAAGUGACAUUUAUUUAAUUGCCCAUUCUGCUAGGCAUCUAUUUUCAAGCCACAUGACUAUGCCGCAUGUGUACACACAUUGAGACUCACAAAUUAAAUGCUGUGCAUCAACAGGAAAAUAAUUAACAUAACAUUAUAACAUUUCUUUAUUUGAUUCAGCUCUCUUUAAUCAUAGGCUUGUUUAAUGUUAGUAUUCAUGUUGUGUAUUCAGUCACACUAUAUAGGCUAAGGCUACAGCAUAUUGGACUCAAACCAUGCAGUAUGUAGCCUAUAAAUAAUGAUGUUACUGAAUAACCUAGACCAAGUCCAGGUGUGCAGGCUGUAAGAUUCUGCUCAUGAGUGACGCUUUAACUUAACCUGUUUACCCUAACACAUCGGUUUCACACUCCACUGCAAGCCCAACCUCUUCAUGUCCACCAGGGACUGAGCUGAAAGUAGAAAUACAGACUGGUUUGUGACUCUAAUCACCAAAACACUGUUAGAACUUUGCACUCUUAGAACUCUGCACUCUUAGAACUCUGCACUCUUAGAACUCUGCAAUCUUAGAACUCUGCACUGUUAGAACUCUGCACUUAAGGUUCUUUAUUUUCUACUGUACCUUCUCUUCCCUUUGUAAUGGCAAUCUUUGACAUAGUUACAAUAUAUGUUUCUUUAGGCGGUAAAAAAUUCCUUUGUUAUAGACAGAAACGGAGGUUCUGUGAUGUGAAACUCUGUAGCAGGGACACUCAGACUGUCUUAAGGGAUUUAUGGUGUUGUUUUAAGAUGCCUAACUAAGAUCCAGAGGGUCUUAGUUAGGUCUGGGGGUUGGGCAGAGCUGACGUGACCUUUUGGCCAAGGAGAUGGCCAAGUCAGACUUACAUUUACAUUUAGUUUUUUAUUUAUUUAUUUUUUUGUGAACGAUUUGUUACUAGCACACCCUUCGUAUUGACUAAUCAGCAAAGCUUUGUUUAAUCAUAUGUAAUUGUAUAAUCUAAAUAAAUUGUAUUGAAACCA